UUGUAGCUGGUCUGAAUGACGCCCAAAGGACUGAUGAUGUGGACCGAGUAGAGCAAUAUAAAAGAGUUUUCCUCCGGUGGGAAAUCAAGAGAUCUGAUCAUCCCGCCUCAGUUAAGAUGACAUGGUACGCCACCAACUUCCAGAACAAUGUGGAGAUGGAUACAUCUCACAGGAAAGUCCUGCUGUUCAUGUUGAUACUGCUGCUGUCUCAGCUGGGAUGCAACGCGCAGAGUGUGUCUGAGUGCUGCAGACAACCUGCUCGCUCCUGUCGCCUCCAGGUGCUGCUGUGUCGUUCUGGCAACAAGAGCAUGGGAGGAGCCAUCAAUGGAGAUGCAGCAGCUGGGAUUCUUACCCUGGGUAAACGGAACGAGGAAGAGUUUCCUUUGCAAAGCCGACUCCAUCAGCUUCUUCAUGGCCACAACAACCAAGCAGCUGGGAUACUGACUAUGGGAAGAAGGACUGCAGAGAGAGAUAGGGAGCAAUAACAGACUAAUUGGUUCUGUCAGAAAAAAAAUUACUGUGACACCUUUACCUAAAUGAACUAUGUUUAUAGAAAGAUUAUAUCUACAGCAAGUAACCUAAAUAAAAAAAAAAAACAAGUAGACAAGCUAUUUGUUUACUUUUAACCUUUUGAUUUAAAUUAAUGUCAAAAUUAUUAAGAAACUAGUCUGUGAUGUAAUUAUAAGUGUAUGUUUCUUGAACAAAGUGUGAAUAAGAACAAAUGGUCAACAUGUGCUUUAAGAGCCACCAGAAAAAAACAGUCUGAUAGUAAACUAAUGUUUACCAUUGAUUUACCUGCAAUAAACUCAAUUCUCA